AGUGCGCGGGGCGCAGGCUGAGGCGCUCCGAGCCCAUGGAGGCGGCGGGGCCGCUCCCCGCGCCGGGCCCCGCGGCGGGGCCGCAGCCGGGGGCCGAGGAGAUCGACAUGUCCCUGGAUGACAUCAUCAAGCGCCACAGGAAAGAGCAAACAGAUUCCAGCACCUCAGGCGACAGCAGGAGCCAGCAGGUCAAGAACAGGAGUUCAGCCUUCGGCUACGGGCGGCCCCGUUAUGGCACCUGGAAGCAGAGGAAUUUGCAAGGACCUAACCGUUUCAGAAGAGGGUUUGGACAGCAACAAUACAAUAAGAGACAGUUCAGGAAUAUUUUGCCUGGUCGCAAGAGAAGAGCAGCUGCUGCCUUCAGUGGAGUGAGCCCUUUAAAUCGCCAGGCAUCAGCUCAGGAGGGCAACAAGAACAGCAGUGCUUUUGCCAAAAGCAGCAGUGGACAGCAGGAGGAACAGCCACAGACAUCUCCAGGCCCCAAGAGAUUCAGAGCAGAUGCUGCCAGCACCCACACCCCAGGGAAAAGCAGGCCUUUCCGGCUGAACAGGGGGCCAGCGUUCCAGCAGAAGCGGGCGCAGCAGUGGUUCUCCAGAGCCCGCUUCCAGAGAGGGCAGAUGGAUGCUCAAGGACAAGGAAAACCGCCAAGGAUGAGAAGGUGGCAAGUGAAACCCAGCCCGGGAGCAAUUCUGACGGUUUCUGUGGUUAAUCCCCAGGCGGGCCAGAGCAGCGGGCCCGGAUCCAAGCGCCCGUUCCUGCGAAGCCAGAGGCCCCCAGCGCGGGUGACCAAGCCCCAGCCCAAGGGGGUGAUGCUGAGAUUCAACUUCCGUGCCAUGGCCAACCAGGUAGAGGAUUGUCGACGGCACAGGCGGCACCUGGCACCCUGCAGCAGCCCUGCCACUAAGCUGUUAACACCACGCUCAGGUUUCUGGGGCUGCCAGCUGGGUUUGUCUAACACAGCCCGGGAGGAGAGCCCUGUAGCCCUGUGGGCCAGGUUAUUGGCAAAACUGAAGGCGCUCGAGAAGACUGUUGAGCAACUACAGACUCAGCCCAAUUUUUCCCAUUCUGUUGGUCUGCCUUGCAAGGCCUGUCCAUGUGCUUGCUCAGAGCGGGGAGAUCCUGCUGGUGGGUGAUCCUGGCCAGGGGGGACUGAUUCAGUGUCGGUGCUCCCCACUCCUCAGAGACACAUGGCACUUCUGGGCUUUGCUCGCUCUUUGCUUGGGUGACCUUCUUGGGUGCCCCGUUUCACACUGGAGUUUGGUCCAAGAGCCCUGGGGCAGCUGAGAAAUCCUGCUCCGCCUUCUUCGUUGCCGGCGUUUCUUGUCUGGACGGUUUGGUUUCCCCUGAUGCCUUGUGCUCCAGUGCCAUCUGCUUGCUCCUGCUCUUGCCGAGGACGCCCGGUGUCCCGGGGCUGGGAGCUGCUUGGAGGUUUUCCAGCCGCACACAGUCUGUCGAGCUCCUUGUCCCCGUGUGUGCUGCGUGGUUUAAUUGACUAACCGGCUGUGAAACACCGUCCUGACUGAUGGGCUCUAAUCAAUACCCCGCUACAAGCUGGGCUGUGCUUUGUCACCAGACGUGGGACUGACUCGCUCUCCCUUUCCCCUGCAGACCAGCCUGACGCUGGAUGAGAGGUUCUCUGGUCUGAGGAAUAAGAGGCGCUUUACAGCAGCCAGGAGCGCCGGACGGACGGUCACCAUGCCCUAGGACGGUCACCAUGCCCUAGGACGGUCACCAUGCCCUAGGACGGCGUGCUCGUCACAGGGACUGCCCCCAGCAGUGCAGGCCCUGGCAGGGGCUCAAUAAAAGUCGCUAGAUUCCCUUUGAGAUAGCUGAUUUGGCAAUGUGCCGUCUCCUUCCUUACACCCACAGUGAACGAGCGAUGGAGGGCAGGGACAAGGCAGGGUGAGAGCUGGGGCCAGAGCACAGGGCAGGUGGGACAUGAGUGGGGUGGUGGAAGUGUGUGAGCGGAGAUGGAUUUGCUGGCAGAGCUCUGCUGGGGAGCCGUAGGGCUGGCACCAUCCCUGUCCUGCCAGGGCACCCUGUGCUGACCAGGGUGACUCUUGCAAGUGGGAGGGGGUGCCAGUUCCAGGCCAUACCCAUGGAGCCUUCCCUGUGUUGUCCCGUGGGUGGGACAAGGCUGAGGAUGCUGUGCCCGCCCACAUGGGAGAACAGGAGCAGAGCAUGUGUGGACCUGAGGGAUGUGCCCCAGCAGUGGCACCAGUGGGGAUGCUCCAGCAAUCCCCAGCAUCCACCCAACUGCCCCAUUUGUUGUGCUUGCAGGCAUCCCUGCCCAGAGGUUUGCAGUGUAAGACCCUCCACCCUGAAAAUGUCUCGCUUCGCCCUGACAGUCAGGCCUGAGCACCUUGCAUUUCUCUGUGGGUUGCUGUGCUGCUCUGACUGCUGCUGCUGGCCCAGUUGUGGGGGCAGGGUGAGGUGUGCUGUGCCUGCUGCUGGUGUGACUGUCCUCAGCACGGAGCACAGACAGGCUGCCCCAGCCCAAAUCAGGUUCUCCAGUGCUGCAGUGCAUUAGGGUUUUUGUAGUUGCAGCUCCACCCAUGCUCAAAGCACUGGCAUAAUCAAACGAGCAGCAGCACUCUGAUAGACUCUCAGAUGUUAAUGAGCUGGGUUUAGACAUUUGUUAACAAAGCCCUGCACCAACCCUGAGUAACAGAUCCAUUCUCCACCCACUGCUGGAACUCAGCAGUGAAAGUGCUGGACACAGCCUGUUACUGGGCUCUAAGCUGUACCUACAAAAGGAAAUAUUUGAUAGACUGCAUUACAUUUUACACCGAGCAUCUUUAACAAGAGACUGGACUGGGCGUUGUUUUUACAGGAAUGUGUGAAAUGUUGUUAGUUGACGAAGCAGUGAUGUACGAGUCCAGUGCACUGAAUAAAAACUAACUUGUCAAAUGUCA